AUGGAAAAAUCCAAAAAUUUCCGCAUCGACGCGCUGCUGGCCGUGGACCCCCCGCGAGCCGCCUCGGCUCAGACCGCGCCGCUGGCCCUGGUCACCUCCCUCGCGGCCGCCGCGUCUGGGCCCGGCGGCGGCGGCGGGGCGAGCGGCGGGGCGAGCGGCAGCUGCAGCCCCGCGUCCUCGGAGCCUCCCGCGGCGCCCGCCGACCGCCUGCGCGCCGAGAGCCCGUCGCCGCCGCGUCUGCUGGCCGCGCACUGCGCGCUGCUGCCCAAGCCGGCCGCCGCUGCGGGGGGCCUGGCACUGGGGCUGCACCCCGGGGGCGCGCAGGGCGGCGCUGGCCUCCCGGCGCAGGCCGCGCUCUACGGCCACCCGGUCUACGGCUACUCGGCGGCGGCGGCGGCGGCUGCGCUGGCCGGCCAGCACCCGGCGCUCUCCUACUCGUACCCGCAGGUGCAGGGCGCGCACCCCGCGCACCCCGCCGACCCCAUCAAGCUGGGCGCCGGCACCUUCCAGCUGGACCAGUGGCUGCGUGCGUCCACCGCGGGCAUGAUCCUGCCCAAGAUGCCCGACUUUAACUCCCAGGCUCAGUCGAACCUCCUGGGGAAGUGCCGCCGGCCGCGCACGGCCUUCACCAGCCAGCAGCUGCUGGAGCUGGAGCACCAGUUCAAACUCAACAAGUACCUGUCGCGGCCCAAGCGCUUCGAGGUGGCCACCUCGCUGAUGCUCACGGAGACGCAGGUGAAGAUCUGGUUCCAGAACCGGCGGAUGAAGUGGAAACGCAGCAAAAAGGCCAAAGAGCAGGCGGCGCAGGAGGCCGAGAAGCAGAAGGGCGGCGGGGGCGCGUGCAAAGGCGGCGGCGCGGAGGACCAGGGGGACGAGGAGCUCCUGGGGCCGCCGGCGCCCGGGGACAAGGGCAGCGGACGCCGCCUGCGGAACUUGAGGGACAGUGACCCCGAGGAGGACGAGGACGACGACGACGAGGACCAUUUCCCCUACAGCAACGGCGCCAGCACGCACGCCGCCUCCUCCGACUGCUCCUCCGGGGCCGACUCGCCGCCCCCGCGGCCCGGCCCCGGGCACCAGCCCCCGCCGCAGUAG